AUGACCUCCAGUAAAGACAUGAAGGCGGGUUCUGUGUUGCAGUCCAGCGGCGAGGAGAGGAGACGGGCUCCCCUGGACCAGCUGCCGCCGCCGGCCAACUCCAACAAGCCUUUAACGCCGUUCAGCAUCGAGGAUAUCCUUAACAAGCCCUCGGUGAAGAAGUCGGUGGCCAGUAUUUGUCCGCCCAGAGUGCUGGAGAAAGUCACGGGCUCCAACUCCGCUCGGAACGGGAUCACCACUCCCUCGUCGCCGCUGUGCGCGCUGGAGGAGCUCGCCAGCAAAACGUUCAAGGGGCUGGAAGUCAGCGUUAUCCAGGCAGCGGAAGGUCGCGAGCACGUCAACGCGUUCGGACAGAGGCAGACGUCGAAAAAGAGGAGAAAGUCGCGGACGGCCUUCACGAACCACCAGAUUUACGAGCUGGAGAAGCGGUUCCUGUACCAGAAGUACCUCUCUCCGGCCGACCGGGACCAGAUCGCGCAGCAGCUGGGUCUCUCCAACGCGCAGGUCAUCACCUGGUUCCAGAACCGCAGGGCCAAGCUCAAGCGGGACCUGGAGGAGAUGAAAGCGGACGUGGAGUCGCUAAAGAAGAUCAACCCGCAGACGCUGCAGAAGCUCGUGAGCAUGGAGAGCAUCGAGGAGACCCCGGGCGAGGGACCCGAGGCCAGGUCGCCCAGCGUCUCCCCGACCUCCCAAGGACACCGGGCCUUCCCACAGUCCCCCUCCUCAUCCAGAGACCAAACGACGGAUGAGUUCUCGGAGGACGACGAGGAAAUCGAGGUGGACGAUUGA